AGUAGAGCUCGGGAGGGAGGAGGGGAGCUGGUGAAGCCGCGGAUAUUCAUGAGAACAGAGAGUGUUUUUUUCCCCCCUUUCUCUCGCUUUGGUGAUACACUGCAAUGUCUGCAGACAGACACACAGAAGACAGAGCGAAGGAGACAAGUAAAAGCAGGACAAGGCCCAGCCCAUCUUACUAUUGAGCUUCAGGCGAUCAAGAACUGUUAUCGCUCUGUGCAUCUACGCUGACUCUGCUGUGAAGGUCCCGUUUUUACUGGGAGGGUGUGUUCCCUGUGACCCCCGGGACUCAAGUUUCAAGGAUGAAUACCAUCUGAUCAAAUCAGGAGUUUUAAAUUUGAUGUCCCAGAUGAGGCAGCAAUAUCCAGAAAGACUUGCCCAGCCGAGAUUGGAUCCUAGUGACUGGUCCUAUUGCGGAAAACCAACCUGAGAGUCAGAAGAGAUCUGCUGCAGAAUCGUUAAAAUUCUCGUGGAUUCUAGAUGGUUGAAAAAAGACUGAUUGGCAGGAUUAAUUUACCGUAGCCAUCAUGUGACCCACUCCACAAGCUGGAUAAAUGAGAAGAAUUUGUGGAGAUGAAGCCUUCAUCUGGGAUUUUUAUUAGGAUGUUCUGCAGGUUCAUCUUAUCAAGUGAAAUCCACAGAGGAUGACAAUUGUCCUUUGAUUGCUCUUCCUCUGUUUUUGGCAAGAAACCAGUUUUUUGUAUUUUGGAGCUUCUAAGGGGCAGAUAGAUGCCCCUUUACUGUUUUACAACAGAAGAACGGCUGAUUUCAUCCAUCUGAAGAGCGGGGUGUGGAGACAGUGCAGGCGCUGCUGUUAACUAGCUGAGUCAGCUCCAAAGCUCCAAUGGGGGCCGGCUUCGACCCGGUCUGACCCCAGUUUGAGCUUGCAGUGACCUCUGACCUCUCCGGUCCUGGCUCUCCAUCUGCUCUGCUGCCUGGGUUCCGGAACGCUCCGCCCUGGGGCCCAGAACGAGCCAAUCAGAAUGAAGAAGAGCCGCAGCGUGCUGUCGGUGACUGGAGAAGAGGGGAAUGACUUAGAGGUAACAGAUGCUGGAGAGAAGGCGGAGUCAUCUCGCUACAGCCGAUCCUACACGUCUGGGGCCACGCUGGGGGCCGAGCUGCGCAGAGGACGAACCAGAAGACUGUCUCCCAGUCUCCAGGUACCCUGCUGGCUCCGCCCUCGAGAUCGCACCAGAUCCCCCGAUAUCCUGAGCAAUAUGUCACGUCCCACAACGCUUCCUCUUCGCAUCCCUCCACGCAUCUCCAUCACACAAGCGGACAAUGACAGUUAUGAAGCAGAGAACGGCGUGUCUCCAGCUCACACCCCUGUGGGCUCCCAGAGUCCAAGCCGAACGUUGCACACAUCCUUGCCUCAGGGCCAGAGAAGAGAGUCCUUCCUCUACAGAUCCGACUCAGACUAUGACAUGUCCCCUAAGGCCCUGUCCCGUAAUUCCUCCCUUGCCAGCGAAGGGCACACAGCAGAAGACUUCAUUGUCACACCUUUUGCUCAAGUUCUGGCCAGUCUGCGAUCAGUACGAAGCAACUUCACCAUCCUUGCCAACGUUGCCACACCAACAGUCAAGAGGUCUCCUUUAGGUGGAAUGUGUGUCAACCCCAGGGCGACACUUUCGGAUCAGCAGUACCAGCAGCUCGCCCUGGACACGCUGGAGGAGCUGGACUGGUGCUUGGACCAGCUGGAGACUAUUCAGACGCACCGCUCUGUCAGUGAAAUGGCAUCCAAUAAGUUUAAAAGGAUGCUGAACAGAGAGCUCUCCCACCUGUCAGAGAUGAGUCGCUCCGGGAACCAGGUGUCUGAAUACAUCUCCAGCACCUUUAUGGACAAGCAGAAUGAAAUGGAAAUCCCGUCUCCGACGCUCAAAGACAAACCCAUGAUUCAUAUCAGUGGAGUGCGGAAACUGUCUCACAGCUCCAGCCUUUCCAGCGCCUCGAUGCCUCGCUUUGGGGUCAACACGGACCACGAGGACGAGCUUGCCAAGGAACUGGAGGAUCUGAACAAGUGGAGUUUUAACAUAUUCCGAGUAGCAGAGUUUUCCAACAACAGACCCCUCAGCUGCAUCAUGUAUGCCAUCUUUCAGGAGCGUGAGCUCUUGAAGACAUUUCGAAUCCCUGUUGACACUUUUGUCACUUAUGUGAUGACCCUGGAGGACCAUUACCAUGGAAACGUAGCAUACCACAACAGCCUCCAUGCUGCAGAUGUUGCCCAGUCCACACACGUGCUCCUCUCCACACCUGCUCUGGAUGCUGUCUUCACCGACCUGGAGAUCCUCGCUGCUCUGUUUGCUGCAGCUAUCCAUGAUGUAGACCAUCCCGGAGUUUCCAACCAGUUCCUCAUCAACACCAACUCAGAGUUGGCGCUGAUGUACAAUGACGAGUCGGUCCUGGAGAACCACCACCUGGCUGUGGGCUUCAAGCUCCUGCAUCAGGAGAACUGCGACAUUUUCCAGAACCUCACCAAGAGGCAGCGGCAGAGCCUACGGAAACUCGUCAUUGAUAUGGUGUUGGGCACAGACAUGUCCAAACACAUGACUCUGCUGGCUGACCUAAAGACCAUGGUGGAAACCAAGAAGGUGACGAGUUCAGGUGUUUUGCUGCUGGAUCACUACACAGAGAGGAUACAGGUGCUGAAGAACAUGGUCCACUGUGCAGACCUGAGCAACCCCACGAAACUGUUACCGUUAUACAGGCAGUGGACAGAGAGGAUCAUGGAGGAGUUCUUCCGACAGGGCGACAAAGAACGAGAGAGGGGGAUGGAGAUCAGCGCCAUGUGCGACAAACACACUGCCUCUGUGGAGAAGAGUCAGGUGGGCUUCAUUGACUACAUUGUCCACCCGCUGUGGGAGACGUGGGCUGACCUGGUGCACCCAGACGCCCAGGAGAUCCUGGACACCUUAGAGGAGAACAGGGAGUGGUACCUGAACACCAUGCCCCAGUCACCUUCACCUCCCCCUGAUAGACACCUCCAGCAUGACCGCUUCCAGUUUGAACUCACACUCGAAGAGCUGGAGCACAACAAUCACAACAACAUCUAUCGAAGGACCAGCGGCGGCAGCAGCAGGGGCAUCAGAAACAGCCUGAAAGCCCUAUGUGAUGACAGCAACGGGGACAGAACACAGGGCGAGCGGGAGGAAACAGGCGAGGAGGGUCAGAACCAAGCUGAAGUUGAAGAGGAUGACGAGGAGAACCACAACGGUGAACAGAAUGGAAUCCAGGAGGAGGAGGAGGAGGAGGAAGAAAACACUGGAGAAAAGCAAGGGGAGGAAGCUGAAGAGGAGCUAGAGGACGUUCUCGAGGAGCAAAGAAGGAGGGGGGGAGAAAUCAAUGGGGAACAAGAUGAAGAAAUAAAAGAAGAGGAUGAGAGAGAUGAAGAAAUUGAGGAAGAGGUAAACAAGGAUGAGGCUGAAGUUGAGAAAGCUGAGGAAGAGGAAAACCAAGGGGAGGAAGAGGGUGAAAACGAGGAUGCAGAAGUAGAGGAGGAGACAGAGGAGAAUUUAACGGAAGGAGAAGAAGGCAAAGAAGAAGAGGGCAACACAGAAGAAGAUAAAGAGGAUGAGACAGAAAUGGACAGUAAAGAUGAAGAGGCAGAACAGGAAGUAGCAGAGGAGAAUGCAGAGGAGGUAGCAGAACCUCAGGAAGGUGAAGAUGAUGAAUUACAAGAGGAACAGGAGAGUUAGCUAAACAGACAAAUUAUCAGGGUCAGUGAGGAAAACGGGUAAAGGAGGGAGGAUGAGGGUCCAGAGAGGCUCUUAAAGGCUGCAGAGUGGCUGUAAAAGAAGGAAAAAAGCUGAAACAUGUCCGUCUUUCCAGAUAAAUUGUUUCUAACUGCUUUACCAUCUGAAGGUCAGACUAUGCUCAUCUUCAGAGCAAUAUUUUGCACCAACAGCGAAGGGCUGGAGACAGGCAAACUCUGGAUUUUUCUGAACAGCCUAAUCGUUGCAGGAAGCGGAUCAUCCGGUAGUGACAGAAACUGGGGUCUUCUAACCCUGUGUCGGUGCGUCUAUCACUGCCGUUUGGGAUAAAUGGGGACAUAACUGUAACAAGACUGGGGGGACUGGUUUGAUCAACCGUUUUGUAGCUUCUGGUAACAAAGGAAAAAAAUAAAUGCUGAAAUUCGUACAUGCAAAUAAGUGUGUGCCUGUUUUCCGGUUGUUAUAGACUGUUACGCGUUGUCUGUUGGUCACCGUCUAAUGUCUUAUUGAUGAGGACCAUAACACACACACAUAGACCAUUAUAACUAAAGAGCAAAUUUUUAAAUAAAUCCAGAAAAGAGACUAAAAAAUGCGGUCAGGAUGGUGUAGUUUGCUGUCUUAUAUUUAAUACGAAACCCUUUUCAACCUGUGAGCGGUAUGUUUCAUACACUGUGGUUGGGAAACAGAGUAAGCUCCUCACAUCCUAACCCUGAAGCAACGAUGCUGGAUUUCUGAACCCAUUUCUAAAUGAAACACAGGCUGUUCUCGUCACAGUGAAAACCUACAAGGCUGAUUUAUUGUAUGUUGUCAAUGUUCAGUCGUGUGGAGAUUAAAAAAGAAAAUAAUCACACCAAGUGUUUAUGCCAUUGUAACAUUGUAACCUGAGUUGUGCCAAGCUGUCCCACAACCAGCACUGAGCAAUGCAGCCUCCAAACGGAGGACUACUCAUCACGAAGCAAUGAAUCUGUGGGACCAGGCCGGCAGGUGUGAUGGUCUUCCAUUCCAUUUUUGUUUUUUGUAAAAUAAUUGUAUUUGGCACUUUAUAAAAACACCCUUGUUGCAUAUAUGUACAUAAUAAUAACAUGUAAUUUAAUCUGCUGAUGUCAUAUAAUAAAUAUGAUCAAUUCA